AUGUUUACACCUAAGAACGUUAAACAACACGUAAAGCACAUGAGCAUAGUUCACCUGGUAAGGAUGUAUAAUCACAAUGUUGAUAGAGAUGGAUAUUACCCCAUCGAUGCUAAAGAGGCUGCAAACUUAAUAUUCUGGGCGCGCCUGUGGAUAGGGACGGCUGUCGGAUGCCUAGCUGGUUCCCUACGAAUACGUGGCUACCUCCCUAUCAUAUUUGCAUUUCUGGCGCUCAUGUACCCCACGACUAUAAUAACCAAAGCAGCUAACGUUCCUACGCACAUUUUGAAAUACUACAACCUAGCAGGUGGCCUCUCUGCGUUUGCUCUAGUGUGGAUACUGUUAUAUUCAGCACAGUAUACUCCUUAA